AAACACAGCUUGUUAGAGCUGAGCUUCCCAACUACAGCGGCUGCCGGGCCCUAGGACAGAGCAGGGACCUCAGCUACACUCAUCAGCAGCCCCAUCGGAUCCAGACCCAGCUGCCAGCUCUGGCUCAUCUUGCCCCAGCGCCAUGACCUUCUCCGAGAUUCUGGACCGUGUGGGAAGCAUGGGCCGUUUCCAGUUCCUGCAUGUGGCCAUACUGGGCCUCCCGAUCCUCAACAUGGCCAACCACAACCUGCUGCAGAUCUUCACAGCCGCCACCCCUGCCCACCACUGUCACCCGCCCCCCAAUGCCUCCGCAGGGCCUUGGGUGCUCCCCAUGGGCCCAAAUGGGAAGCCUGAGAGGUGCCUCCGUUUUGUACAUCCGCCCAAUGCCAGCCUGCCCAAUGACACCCAGAGGGCCACAGAGCCGUGCCUGGAUGGUUGGGUCUACAACAGCACCAAGGACUCCAUCGUGACGGAGUGGGACUUGGUGUGCAACUCCAACAAACUGAAGGAGAUGGCCCAGUCUAUCUUCAUGGCAGGCAUACUGAUCGGAGGGCUCGUGCUUGGAGACCUGUCUGACAGCCCCAGGUUUGGCCGCAGACCCAUUCUGACCUGCAGCUACCUGUUGCUGGCAGCCAGCGGCUCCAGUGCAGCCUUCAGCUCCUCCUUCCCCAGCUACGUGAUCUUCCGCUUCCUGUGUGGCUGUGGCAUCUCAGGCAUCACCCUGAGCACCGUCAUCUUGAAUGUGGAGUGGGUGCCUACCCGGAUGCGGGCCAUCAUGUCAACAGCACUCGGGUACUGCUACACCGUUGGCCAGUUCAUUCUGCCCGGCCUGGCCUAUGCCAUCCCCCAGUGGCGCUGGCUGCAGUUAACUGUGUCCAUUCCCUUCUUCAUCUUCUUCCUGUCAUCCUGGUGGACACCAGAGUCCAUACGCUGGUUGGUCCUGUCUGGAAAGUCCUCGAAGGCCCUGAAGAUACUGCGGCGGGUGGCUGCCUUCAAUGGCAAGAAGGAAGAGGGAGAAAGGCUCAGCUUGGAGGAGCUCAAACUCAACCUGCAAAAGGAGAUCUCCUUGGCCAAGGCCAAGUACAGCGCAACUGACCUGUUCCGGAUACCCAUCCUGCGCCGCAUGACCUUCUGUCUUUCCCUGGCCUGGUUUGCCACCGGUUUUGCCUACUAUAGUUUGGCUAUGGGUGUGGAAGAAUUUGGAGUCAACCUCUACAUCCUCCAGAUCAUCUUUGGUGGGGUCGAUGUCCCAGCCAAGUUCAUCACCAUCCUCUCCUUAAGCUAUCUGGGCCGGCACACCACUCAGGCCGCUGCCCUGCUACUGGCAGGAGGGGCCAUCUUGGCUCUCACCUUUGUGCCCUUGGACUUGCAGACUGUGAGGACAGUAUUGGCUGUGUUUGGGAAGGGAUGCCUAUCCAGCUCCUUCAGCUGCCUCUUCCUCUACACAAGCGAAUUAUACCCCACAGUCAUCAGGCAAACAGGUAUGGGCGUAAGUAACCUGUGGACCCGUGUGGGAAGCAUGUUGUCCCCGCUGGUGAAAAUCACGGGUGAGGUGCAGCCCCUCAUCCCCAAUAUCAUCUAUGGGAUCAUCGCUCUCCUUGGGGGCAGUGCUGCCCUCUUCCUGCCUGAGACUCUGAAUCAGCCCUUGCCAGAGACUAUCGAAGACCUGGAAAACUGGUCAGUCACUGCCUCUGGCCCCAUCAGUGCUUCUCCCUGGAGAAGCAGGUCUGGGUCGAGGGCUUUUCCUGAGUUCUCUGUCCCUAGGUCCCUUCAGGCAAAGAAGCCAAAGCAGGAGCCAGAGGUGGAAAAGGCCUCCCAGAGGAUCCCUCUGCAGCCUUACGGACCAGCCCUGGGCUCCAGCUGAGGACAACGGAAUCCCCUUUCCCUACCUUCCAGAGACUGAUCCUAGCCAGGCAUCUUGAGGGUGCAGGGAGGCCCCAGAUGGGUCCAUGCUCCUAGGAUGAAGCCUUUGGAGAGCUUGGUGAAGGUAUCUCCAUCACCACCACCAGCGCUUCCCACCCAGCCACAGGCCUUCCUAUAUCCAUCCCUGCCCUUGUUCUCCCUGCAACCCAGGCCCUGCCAUUCUUCUGUCCAGCCCUUCCCCACUGGCAACCUUCCGCCACCGUCCCAGUCCUAUUCCCCUGAGGUCCCCUGAUAUUCCCUGGCUCAGUCCUAACAAGACGGAGUCUUAACAAGAUAAGAAGUCCUCCCCUUCUUGCCUCCCACACUUUUAUUUGAUGGGAGGUUUCAAUAAAUAGCGAUAAGAACUC